AUGAGGGCGUGGAAGGGGGCGGGGGUGGGGAGGGAGAGGAUGCGUCGGAGGAGGUCGUCGGAGAGGCAGAUGACGCCGGUGGUGGAGCCUGAUCGGAGAGCGGCGAGCUCGGGAACGACGGUGUCGGGGGAGCCCACGGUGGCGCGGGGAGCGAGGAGGAGGAAGAGGAGGGUGGCGAGGAAGAGGAGGGAGAGCUCGGAAUUGGAGUGGAGCGGCGAUGAAGCUCGUUGCGGCGGCAGCUGCGAUGAAGCUCGUAGCGGCGGUCAGUGUGAGGAACUGCAUCUUCUCAUCGGACUCCUUCACUGA